AUGGGGAACGUAUAUUCAAUCACCCUCUGCGAUCGCGACCUGCAUCAUGUACCAGACGACAUUUACAAGCACCACAAACAUGUCGCCAAGCUGCUUCUACGACGCAACAACAUCCAGGAGAUCCCGCGGGAGAUCAAAGUGUUGAUCAAUUUAGUUGAGCUGAGUCUGCGAGAUAACCUGCUGACAUCGCUUCCUCAUGAAAUGACAAAUCUCAGAAUACUUCAGAAACUUUCGCUCGCCAGCAAUAGAUUGCAGGAACCUCCUGAACUCAUCGCAGUAUUCAGUCAGCUCACAUGGCUGUCGCUUGCCAGUAAUACAUUGACGACAUUGCCUGACUCAUUCGCUAACCUGCAGAAGCUGACGUCGCUCGACCUCCAGCGGAACCGCAUCAGCGCCAUACCGGAGUGUAUCUUUCAAAUGCGGUCGCUGAAUAUUUUACUACUUCAAAAGAACAGGAUCACGACAGUCUCACCACAUAUUGGCCAAUGCACACAGCUCGUCUCCUUGAACUUGUCUUACAAUCGCAUUCUGCAUCUGCCGACUGAGAUGAAAGAGUGCAAAAACUUGCAACACCUGCUUCUAAGUGUGAACACGAUUCAGAGCCUGCCCGGUGUACUUUGCGAGGCAUGGACGAGCCUCCUGAACCUGGAUUUGCAUACCAAUGACCUUAAAGAACUUCCCGAGCAACUUGGCUGUAUGAAGUCGCUUCGGCGACUUAACCUGGCGAUCAACAAAAUAGAGGCGAUCCCAGCAUCGAUUGGACAGCUUCAAUUACUGGAGUGGUUGAACCUUAACGACAACAAGCUGGUGGGCCUACCAUCCACAAUGGAGCAGAUGCAGAAACUUGUCAAAAUGGGAGUCGUGCAGAACAGACUACAGACGUUACCUGCCGCAUUG